AUGUCUACUGUAAUGCUUGCCACUGCUGCAGUUUAUGUUCAUGAUGCUGAUGGACAACCUGAACGGUGUAGAGCAAUUUUGGAUUCUGGAUCUCAACUCAACUUUAUUACAUCUGCUUGUGCUCAACGAUUACGUUUAAAGAGAACAAAUGUUUCAUUGGCAAUAUCUGGCGUUGGUACCAUGUCCUCUUCCACUAUACGUUUAAUGCCAUCCACUAUAUCAUCAUUUUGUCAAAAUUACCACUCUUCAGUUGAAUUUCACUCAUUGCCAUCCAUAACUGAUAAACUUCCGUGUCAAAUGUUCGGACUUGAUCAAUUAAACAUACCUGAUAAUGUCAAAGAUAACCUAGCUGAUCCUCAACUUAAUGUACCAGGCGUUGUGGACAUAUUGUUUGGUGCUGAGGUUUUUUAUGAUAUUUUCUUGGGUGAACGUCUGCAGUUGUCGAAGCACAUUAGUAUGCACAACACAAAGCUUGGUUGGAUACUUGUUGGUAAAUUAUUUGAGAAAUCACUGGAUAAGUCAAAGGCUACAAUGCUAUCCACAACAUCUGCACUAAGUCUAUUUACUUCAAGUACCAAUGCUGAAUUCAUCGAAGAAGCUCAAGCUGAAGAGCACUUUUCAUCAACUGUCAAACGUAAUGAAUGUGGACGUUUUGUUGUAAGGUUACCAGUCAAUGAUAAGCUCAAUUUGCUUGGUGAUUCUCGGCCAAUGGCAGAAAGGAGAUUUUAUAAUUUAGAAAGAAGAUUCGGCAAAGAUGAACAAUUGGCCAAACAAUAUAACAUAUUCAUUUCUGAGUACUUAAAGUUGAACCACAUGGAACUGGCAACCACUACAGCAACUGGACCAAAGUAUUACCUACCACAUCAUCCCGUAUUCAAGGCCAAUAGCACAACUACAAAGCUUCGGGUAGUAUUUGAUGGAUCUGCAAGCACUAAGUCUGGCAUAUCACUUAAUGACAUUCUUUUAAAAGGACCAAAAGUACAAUCUGAUAUAUUCCAUAUCCUUCUGCGAUUUCGCAUUCACCAGGUAGCUAUUACAGCGGAUGUUGAAAAAAUGUACCGUCAAGUGGUAGUGGCACCAGAAGACAGGGACCUCCAGCGAAUUCUCUAUCGGAAAAGUCCUGCUGAGAAGUUACAAGAAUACAGAUUAUGUACUGUAACGUAUGGCACGAAAUCAGCCUCGUAUCUGGCUACUCGUUGCCUAGCUGAGAUAGGAAAAUGCACAGACGAUCCCAAAUUAAAUCGAGUAAUCACUCAAGACUUUUAUGUUGAUGAUCUUCUGAGUGGCGGGGCAUCUGAGGAUGAAUGUUUUCAAAUCUACAGCUCGCUAUUAACGCUUUUUAAUCCAGCUGGAUUUUCACUUCGUAAAUGGUGCUCCAAUUCAGUCAAUCUUAUCAGCCAAAUUCCCGCAGCAUGCAACGACCCAACUUUCGUAUUAAAACUCAAUGAAGACGACAUGAUUACAGCUUUAGGCCUUACGUGGCAGCCUAUUACUGAUCAAUUUCGUUUUACAUUCAAGCAUUGGUCACCACCGCCAAACAUGACAAAGCGUACAUUGUUAUCUGACAUCAACUCAGUCUAUGACCCUAUUGGACUUAUAUCACCUGUACUCAUCCUUGGAAAAAUUUUCAUUCAACAACUAUGGGGAAUGAAAAUGAACUGGGACGACAUUCUCCCAACUGAAUUGCAAUCUCGUUGGAUAAAUUUCUACAAUUCACUUCAAUCUCUGCAUGAAUUAGCCAUACCACGUAAAGUUGUCAGUACUGCGGAAUCAAAGAUCACCAUUCAUGGAUUUUGUGACGCAUCACAAGAAGCAUUUGGUGCAUGCAUUUACUUGCAUUCUACCAGUCCGAACGGUCAAGUACAAGUACAUCUCUUGGCUUCCAAAUCUCGUGUUGCUCCAAUGAAGGCUACUACCAUUCCUAGACUUGAACUGUGUGGUGCAGUAUUGCUGGCUGAACUGUUGCUUGAAGUAAAAAAUGAACUCAAUUGCUUAGGCAUACAAUUUAGUACAAAUGAUGUUCUGUUAUGGACUGAUUCAUCAAUUGUUUUGGCUUGGUUAAAAAAUGAAGUUCCCUUGCAGUCAUAUGUAGCAAACAGAGUAGCUCGAAUAUCAGACAUUACAACUUAUACACAAUGGCGCCAUGUUGGUUCCAAAGAUAAUCCUGCUGAUUUAAUUACCAGAGGCACUCACCCAUCUACUCUGCCAUCGUUGUCAAUAUGGUGGAAUGGCCCAUCUUGGUUGCUUUUAGGUAGUGACUCAUGGCCUUGUAUUCCAGAGCUACCAUCGGAAAUUCCUGAAGUUCGUCCAGUAAAAUUAGUAUUCACCAUAUCUCAGUCGUCCAAUUCUUGGUUACUGGAAAAGUAUUCGAGUUACAUGCAGCUUAUACGCAUAACAGCCUUAGUCCAAAGAUUUGUACAUAAUUGCAAAUUACGGAAACACAUGAAUCAACGUGUGACAGGUGCUUUGAGUAUACUUGACCUCAAGGUUUCCCGAGAAUUUUGGAUUCGCAAAAUUCAGUCUGAAGCUUAUCCCUUGGAGCUAAAAGCCUUAAAUUCAAGCUUACCCAUUCACCGGUCCAGCUGUUUAUUGAAGCUUAAUCCAUUCAUUGAUAACAAUGGUAUGUUACGUGUAGGGGGUCGCUUAGCUUAUGCACCAAUAAAUGAUGACUCAAAAUUUCCAAUUGUUUUGCCACCGUCAUCCACAUUCACAAAAUUGUUAUUCAAAUAUGAACACUUACGAUUAUUUCAUGUUGGUCCACAAGCACUGCUUGCACAUAUUCAAAUAAAUUACUGGCCCAUCCGUGGACGAAGUCUUGCCAGUCGUACCAUUCAUCAAUGUAUGCAAUGUUUCAGAACCAAUCCAAGAUCAAUAACACCUUUCAUGGCCCCACUACCUCGUCAACGAACCACUAUCGAUAGACCGUUUUCCCAAUGUGGAGUGGAUUUCUGCGGCCCAAUAAUGAUUCGCAGUGGUAUUCGUCGUGUGAAGAGUGAAAAGGCAUAUAUUUCUGUGUUUGUGUGCUUGGUCACACGCGCAAUUCACUUGGAGCUAGUUUCAUCUUUGACUACUGAUGCAUUUUUAGCUACGCUAACCAGAUUCAUGUCUCGCCGAGGACAGUGCAAAAACCUGUUCAGUGAUAACGGCACAAAUUUUAUUGGUGCGAAUCGCAAACUCAUGGCUCAAUUCCAGGAAAUUGCCAAGACUCAUAAAACUUCAUUGUUUCUUACUGAAAGAUCAAUUCAAUGGCAUUUCAUUCCACCCUCAGCACCUCAUUUUGGGGGUUUAUGGGAAGCUGCGGUUAAGUCUUCAAAACAGCUCCUGACUAAGAUUUCAUUAAAUGCAACAUUUACAUUUGAAGAAGCGACCACGUUACUGUGCGGAAUAGAGGGAGUAUUAAAUUCUAGACCCAUGACUCCGUUAUCCAAUGAUCCAUCGGACUGUCAAGCUUUAACACCCUCUCAUUUCCUGAUUGGUGGAAUUAUCACCCUACCACCUGAUUCAGAUCUAUCUGCAGUUCCAAUGUCAAGACUUAAAAAAUUUGAAAUGGUACAAUCUUGUAUUCAGCAAUUUUGGAAGAGAUGGUCCAGGGAAUACCUUCCCCAAUUGCAACGUAGAGGCCGUUGGAUAAAGGUAACCCGAAAUAUUAAGGUGGGUGAUCUAUGCCUUCUACGACAAGAAAAUCUUCCUCCUACAAAGUGGGCACUAGUCAGAGUUCAGGAUGUUCACCCCGGUCCUGAUGGUACUGUUAGAGUAGUCACAUUGCGCAAUUCCUCUGGCAAUGUAUUCAAACGUCCAGUUGUCAAGCUGUCACUGCUUCCAACCGAAGAAGAUGAGAGCGAAGAGCAAGCUGAUUCAUCUGUAUAA